AUGUGUGAUAAUUCGUAUCCAAAGACAGCCUCUUGGAAGGAGGAUAAGGACUGCUGUAGUUGGGAUGGUGUCGAGUGUGACAAUGCGACACGCCAUGUUAUUGGUCUUGACCUUAGUUGCAGUUGGCUUUCUGGCUCCAUUCAUUCCAACACUUCCCUCUUCCUUCUUCGCCAUCUCAGGUCCUUGAAUCUUGCUGGUAAUGACUUCAAUUACUCCCUAAUUCCUUCUGAGUUUGGCAACUUUAAGACUUUGACUCAUCUUAACCUCUCUCAUUCCGGUUUUUUGGGCAAAAUCCCAUAUGAAAUCUCCCAGUUGUCUUCGCUUGUUUCACUCGAUCUUUCUUACAAUGGGCUAUUAAUUGAAACACCAGUCUGGAAAAGAGUCGUUGAUAACCUAACUCUGUUAAGGGAACUUCUUCUGGAUGACACAAAUAUGUCCUCAAUUAGGCCUAAUUCUUUGAUGAAUCUAUCCUCCUCUUUGACAACUCUUAGUCUCCAUAACUGCUACUUGCAGGGAAAGCUCGAAAAUAACAUCCUCUGCCUUCCGAGUAUACAAACCCUUGAUCUAGGGUCUAAUUUCAAUCUUGAGGGUUCUCUUCCAAACUCUAAUUGCAACAGCAGUAGUUCCCUGAAGUUCUUAGAUCACUCUUACACAAGUUUUUCAGGAGAAUUACCUGCUUUUAUCGGCAGUCUAAAAUCCUUGAAGUAUUUGAAUCUCUAUUAUUGCAAUUUUACUGGUUCAAUUCCAACAUCUUUGGAAAGUCUCACUCAAAUUACUCAUCUGAUUCUAUCAAGCAACAAUCUUAUUGGGUCAAUUCCAGCAUCACUUGGGAACUUCACUCAAAUUAUUUAUUUGGAUUUGUCAUCUAAUAGUUUCAAAGGUUUGCUGCCAUUGUCACUAUUGAACUUGCCCAAUCUCUCAACUUUAUUCCUUGACAACAAUCAACUUGUUGGUCCCCUUCCUAGUCAUGUAAGUGGUUUGAAUCUAAUUAACCUCUAUUUAAGUUCAAAUUCCCUAAAUGGAACACUGCCAUCUUGGUUGUUCAGUUUGCCAUCUUUGGAGGUGUUAAGCCUUAAUGAUAAUGAAUUUAUUGGUGAGAUUGGUGAAUUCAAGUCCAAUUCGUUAAGUUAUCUUGAUUUGGGUUAUAAUAAGCUACAUGGCUCUAUACCUAGGUCAAUAUCUAGACUUGUAAACCUUACUAUUCUAUAUCUCUCAUCAAAUAAAUUGAGUACUAUGUUGGAGUUUGAAAUGUUUUCAAAGCUCAAAAAUCUCCAAUAUCUUGAUUUAUCACAUAACUUACUCAGCAUCAACAAUGUAACUUUUACCUUGCCCAAUCUUCUGGAGUUGAACUUGUCUUCUUCCAACAUUAGUGAAUUCCCAAUUUUCUUAAGAACAGCAACAAAUUUAGAAUCCUUAGACCUUUCCAAUAACAGAAUUUAUGGUCAAGUUCCUAGAUGGUUGGGGGAUGUGGGGAGGGAUACAUUAGGUUCCCUUGAUCUUUCUCACAACUUUUUGACAAGUAUAGAUAAGAUUCCUUGGAAGAACUUACAAUUUGUUGAUCUUCGGGCCAACUUGCUUCAAGGACCAUUUCUCACAAUAAAUUUUCAUAACCUUCGAUAUUUCUUUGUCUCCAAUAACAGUUUAACUGGAGAAAUCCCCCUUUUAAUUUGUAAUGCAAGUUCCCUUGAAGUUCUAGAUUUGUCUCAUAACAAUUUAAGUGGCAUGAUUCCGAAGUGUUUGGCACAUUCUAGUUUCCUCUCAGUGUUGGAUUUGCGAAUGAAUAACCUUCGUGGUACCAUCCCAACAACAUUUGCCAAGGGAAAUUCUUUUAGGAAUAUUAACCUUAAUGGCAAUCAAUUAGAAGGGAAAUUGCCACGAUCUUUGGCAAAUUGUAGGAACUUGGAAGUUCUAGAUCUUGGAAACAAUAAGAUAAAUGGAGUCUUCCCUUAUUGGUUGGAAAGUCUUCCCAAAUUGCGGGUUCUUGUCAUAAGAUCAAAUAGAUUUAAAGGUCGUAUAUUUUGCAAUCCUAAAACCAAAUUUCCUUUCCCAAAGUUGCGAAUCAUAGACAUCUCCAACAAUCAGUUUAAUGGUUCUUUGCCAAUAAAAUAUUUCAAAUAUUUGAAAGCCAUGACAAAUGUGGAUGAAAGUAAAGUUGGACUGAAAUAUACGAGAGACAUGUAUUAUCAGGAAUCUUUGAAUGUGGUGAUAAAAGGGUCGUAUAUGGAGUUGGUGAGAAUCCAAACUGUCUUGUACACAACUAUUGAUUUUUCAAACAAUGGAUUCAUAGGGAAGAUGCCGAAGACACUUGGAAGGCUUAAAUCACUCAAGGGGCUCAACUUUUCUCACAAUAACCUUACAGGUUAUAUUCCUUCAUCGUUUGGAAAUUUGACCAAUCUUGAAUGGUUAGAUCUCUCUUUCAACAAGCUCAGCGGGAAGAUUCCCAUGCAAUUGGUAGAGCUAAUGUGGCUUGAAGUUUUAGAUCUAUCACAUAACCAACUUACAGGACGUAUACCUUUAGGAAAGCAGUUCAAUACAUUUGAUAAUGAUUCAUACAUGGAAAAUUCGGGAUUAUGUGGAUUUCCAUUGUCAAGAACAUGCAACAAUGAGACAAAGCAACCAACACCAUCGACCUUACAAAAAGAAGACAAUUUAGAGCCUGAAAAUGGGUUUGGUUGGCAAACUGUAUUGAUAGGUUAUGGAUGUGGAGUGAUAUUUGGAACAUUGAUGGGAUAUCUUAUGUUUAAGUUUGGAAAACCAAAGUGGAUUGUGAGGAUGGUCAUAUUAGAGCAACAUAUCAUGCUCAGAAGGCUGAAGAAUAAUGCCUACAGACGUGGUGGAAGAAAUUAA